GAGAAACAAAUGACCCACACAGCAACAGAAAACUACUACAUUGGACACAUCAACUCAAAGAACAAAACAAUCUCAUUCACCAGCUCCAAAAUCUUUCCCUGAAACGUGACAAGGUAACUAAGUGCUUCUUUAGAAUUAUUACACUAUUGUUGAUGAUUAUUUCCUUCUUGCAUGGUGGUUUUACUCUUAACUCUUAUGGGUUGACUUUGUUGUCACUCUUGACUCACUGGACCUUUGUUCCUCCUCUCAUCAACUCUAGCUGGAAGGCUUCUGAUUCCGAUCCAUGUUCAUGGUUUGGUGUUCAAUGCGACCGUAAGCAGAAUUUGAUUUCACUUAACCUUAAUAGUCAUGAGAUUUUUGGUCAACUUGGACCAGAAAUUGGAAACCUUUAUCAUUUGGAGAAUCUUUUGUUGUUUGGUAAUAAUUUCUCAGGAAAGGUGCCUUCAGAGUUAAGCAACUGUAGUUUGCUAGAGAAGUUAGACCUUUCUGAGAAUAGAUUUAAUGGAAAGAUACCGCAUAGUUUGAAAAGGCUAAGAAAUUUAAAGUCUAUGAGAUUGUCUUCCAAUUUGUUGACUGGUGAAAUUCCAGAUUCUUUAUUUGAAAUUCCUUCCCUUGAAGAAGUGAGCCUGCACAAUAACCUUCUUAGUGGAAAUAUUCCAACCAAUAUUGGAAACUUGACUCAUCUAUUGAGACUGUAUUAUCUAUAUGGUAAUAUGUUUUCAGGGACUAUUCCUUCAUCUCUUGGUAACUGCAGUAAACUAGAGGACCUUGAAUUGUCUUUCAACCGUUUGAGAGGAAAAAUUCAGGCCAGUAUUUGGAGAAUUUCAAGCCUUGUGCAUAUCUUGGUUCACCACAACAGCCUCUCUGGGGAACUACCUUUCGAAAUGACGAACCUCAGGUAUCUAAAAAAUAUCUCAUCAAUCAGUUCUCAGGAGUCAUUCCUCAAAGCUUGGGAAUCAACAAUACCUUAGUGAAGUUGGACGUAUGAAUAACAAGUUUAAUGGUAAUAUCCCACCAAAUCUUUGCUUUGGAAAGCAUUUGUUAGACCUCAACGUCGGAAUUAAUCAACUUCAAGGUGGCAUUCCUUCUGAUAUAGGAAGAUGUGAAACUCUGAUUGUUUUUCAAUGAAAAUAAUUUCACCGGGUCUCUUCCCGAUUUUGAAAGUAAUAUGAACCUGAAAUACAUGGACAUGAGCAAGAACAGUAUCGGUGGACCGAUACCAUCAAGUUUGGGAAAUUACACUAAUCUUACAUACAUUAAUUUGUCAAGCAACAAAUUUGCAGGGCUCAUACCAUUAGAGCUGGGAAACCUUGUGAAUCUUGUGAUUUUGGAUCUUUCUCACAACAACUUGGAAGGUCCAUUGCCUCUUUUUCAAAUUGUACUAACAUGGAUCGUUUUGACGUGGGAUUCAAUUUCCUAAAUGGAUCAUUCCCAUCAAGUUUGAUAAGUUGGAGAGGCAUAAGCACAUUGGUCUUGAGAGAUAAUCAUUUCACAGGGGGUAUCCCAGGGUUUUUGGCAGAAUUUAGCAACCUUAGUGAGUUACAACUUGGUGGAAAUUCGUUCGGAGGCAAAAUUCCUCGAUCAAUGGGAACAUUGCAUAAUCUGUUUUAUGGAUUGAAUCUGAGUGAUAAUGGAUUGACAGGUGGUAUUCCUUCAGAAAUUGGGAUGCUAGGACUGCUGCAAAGCUUGGAUAUAUCCUUGAACAAUUUGACAGGAAGCAUAGAUGCUCUUGAAGGUCUUGUUUCAUUAAUUGAGGUCAAUAUUUAUUACAAUCUUUUCAAUGGUUCUGUACCAACACGUCUAAUUAGGUUAUUGAAUUCCUCACCGUCAUCGUUCAUGGGUAAUCCUCUCCUAUGUGUUAGAUGUUUGAAUUGCUUUAAAACUAGUUUUAUAAAUCCAUGUAUCUACAAACCAACUGAUCACAAAGGUAUCAUUAAUGUUCAAAUUGUGAUGAUAGAACUUGGACCCUCAAUAUUUGUUUCUGGUGUGGCGGUGAUAAUAAUUCUAACAUACCUCCGUAGAAAUGAAUUGAAAAAGGGAUCUGAUCCUAAGCAACAGUCCCAUACGGAAAGGAAGCUGCCUGACCUUCAUGAUCAAGUGUUGGAAGCUACAGAGAACCUAAAUGAUCAAUAUAUUAUUGGUAUUGUGUACAAAGCCAUAGUUUAUCGACGUGUUUGUGCCAUAAAGAAGGUUCAAUUUGGAUGGAACAAGCAAAGGUGGCUAAGUAUCAUGCGCAGCAAAAUUGAAGUCCUUAGAAUGAUUAGGCAUUGAAAUUUAAUCAAAUAUCGUAACCACUGGAUUGGACGAUAUUUAAUCAUAUAUGAUUUCAUUGACAAUGGAAGCCUUUACAAUAUUUUGCAUGAAAAGAAACCCCCACCACCCUUAACGUGGAAUGUUCGGUUUAAUUUAGCUGUUGGAAUUGCUCAAGGACUAGCUUAUCUGCAUUAUGAUUGUGUUCCACCAAUAGUGCACCGAGACAUCAAACCAAUUAACAUACUUGUUGAUGACAAUUUGGAGCCUAUUAUAGCUGAUUUUGGCACUGCCCUACGCAGGAAGUUGUUUGAGGAUUCUUAUAGUCAUUCUGAAACCAGGAAAAUGCUUUCAUCACGCGUUGUUGGUACCCCUGGCUAUAUUGCACCCGAAAAUGCUUAUGAUAUAGUGCCUGGAAGAAAGUCUGAUGUAUAUAGCUAUGGAGUUGUUUUGCUCGAGCUAAUAACCAGAAAGAAAUUAUUAGUCCCCUCUAUGAAUGAUGAGGCGAAGGAGACCCACAUAGUGACCUGGGCUAGAUCUGUAUUGCUGGAAACAGGCAAAAUCGAGAAGAUUGCCGAUCCCUACCUUGCAAGUGCAUUUCCCAAUUCAGAAGUACUAGCUGAGCAAGUCAAUGCAGUGCUUUCAUUGGCAUUACAAUGCACAGAGAAGGAUCCACGAAGGAGGCCAACCAUGAAAGAUGUUAUUGCCUUUUAUAAUACGAACUUGUUUAAGCUGAGGUGUGAUAAGGUGAAAUAUUGUGAUGGACUUGUAAUUAAACUAAUGGGAAAUGGUAAGAUUUUGUCUGAAAAAUUCGCCAGCAUAGCGAAUCUAGCUGUUCCAAAAAUAAACUAUGUUUGGCCUAGUUUGAUCUUCCUUCCCUCUAUCACUAGUUUAAUACUUAUCAAACCUUUCAACUGGUUUUUCCUAUCACGUUGGGGUCAAUAUAGGUACCUGCAGAAAUCCUUGUACUCAAAGAUCAAAUCACCCUACUCUAUAAGUACGGAUCAAACUGAGGUCACUGUCCAACUUAGUAAAAAGUAGACAAAAGGAAGAGAGAGCUUAAAAAAACUGAUGUGAAUUGAUGGUGGACUGCAUUUGCUAACCACAGAUUAAUUGCAAAUUGUACCAGGAUUUAUGUGUACAAUAUGGUUCUCAAUCUGAAAAAUAUCAGUUUUAGGUUUCAGAAUGCCGUAAGAAUCAUCAAACAACUUCCUGGACAAUAGUUAUUGUCCAUUAUCAACAGCCUAUUAGAGUGACAUGUCAACAUCCUUAGUUAAUCUCCAUUAUCAAAUUUUGCCAACUAAUUUAACCUAUAGCGUUGAUAUGUCAGUUUUAGGUUCAAAAAAUCUCAUUAUGUACCCAUGCACACCUCUUCCUACAAGAAUUACCUUUGUUUCAUACAGUCCAAACUUGAUAUGUGCCGUGUCUGGAGGUUUUCUUUCAAGCUUUUGAUCCAUGUACACAAGUUUGGCACACGUGAGUGACUUUUAGUCAUUUUGUACUUCCAUUAUGAACUUGGACUCUGGCAUGUGAUAAUGUUUUAUUGAAACAGAUGGAAUAUUGCAAACCAUAAUUUGAUAAUUUGUUCCUGUCAUUCUGUUUUGGUUGUUUCAUGUACUACAACUACGAGGUGCAUCUUUGAGUAAAUAGUCAAGGAAUAAAAUGUCUGUAGAUAUAAUAUUAUUUAAAUG